AAGUGCAGAGCAUCUUCUGCUGCACGGAAAUUCACAGGAAUUUCCAGCUUCUUUUCAAAAAAAUCGUUUCCAACAUCCCCGGAUUUUAUUGUGAUACUUAUACCUUGAUACACAAACUACCAACUGUGAUUAUCAUUUUCCGAAGAGCGUGAUCCGUGUUGCGGCCUCCGUGUGCGGACGCAUCACUCUCAAAAUGUACCAGCCUCAAUAUCAGCCACAACAACAACCUGGCCAGAAUCCGCAACCUGGCUACGAUCAGCAACAACAGCAAAUGUACGCCGCGCAGCAGCAACAACACCAAAUGCAGCAGCAACAACAGAUGCAGCAACAACAGAUGCAGCAGCAACAGGCGCAACAACCGCAGCAACAGCAACAAGCGCCGCAACAACCCGCGUUUGAUCUGAUGGCCACGGUGCGCGAGCAGGAGCGUCUGGAUGGCGCGCGCUUCACCUGGAACGCCUGGCCGUGUAGUCGGCUGGAAGCCACCCGUCUGAUUGUGCCGUUCGGGGUGUUCUUCACGCCGCUGAAGUCCCGGCCAGAUAUUCCGCCGUUGAUGUAUGAUCCGGUGGUGUGUAGCAAGUGCCGCGGCGUGCUGAAUCCCUACUGUCAGGUGGAUUAUCGGGCCAAAGCGUGGAUCUGCUGUCUAUGCGGCCAGCGAAAUGCGUUUCCUCCGCAAUACGCCGCCAUCAGCGAACAUCAACGACCAGCCGAAUUAAUGCCACAGUUCACGACGAUUGAAUACAUUUUACCACGAUCCAACCAAAUGGCUCCGAUUUUUCUUUUUGUCGUGGAUACGUGCAUGGAAGAAGAUGAUCUGCAGGCUUUGAAGGAAUCGCUGCAGAUGAGUCUGUCAGUACUGCCGAAAAAUGCCUUUGUCGGCCUUAUCACCUUCGGACGCAUGGUGCACGUUCACGAAUUGGGCGCUGAAUUUAUUCCGCGCAGUUUCGUUUUUCGUGGCAACAAGGAAAUGACAUCCAAGCAGCUUCAGGAUUCGCUAGGCUUGGGAAAAUUCGCUGGCAAUCCACAACUUCCUCCGCAGCAAAUGAAACCCGCCCCAAACCAACCUGGCAUCCCGCAACAACCACCAAACAGAUUUAUCCAGCCGGUGGAGAAAUGUGAGGAAUCCUUAUCGGAAGUGAUCAACGAGAUCCAGAAGGAUCCCUGGCCGGUAGCCACCGGGAAACGGGCUCUGCGCGCCACCGGCGCCGCCCUGGGCAUCGCCGUCAGUCUGCUGGAGUCGGCCUUUCCCAAUACCGGCGCCCGCGUUAUGCUGUUUGUCGGGGGACCCUGCACGCAGGGCCCGGGGAUGGUGGUUGGGGAGGAGCUGAAGAUUCCCAUCCGCUCCCAUCAUGAUAUCGCCAAGGAAAAUGCACCGUUCAUGAAGAAAGCUACGCGGUAUUACAACGAUCUGGCUGAACGAGCAGCUACAAAUUGCCACUGCAUCGAUAUUUAUUCGUGCGCCUUGGAUCAGACUGGUCUUUUGGAAAUGAAACAGUGCACGAACCUGACCGGGGGUCAUAUGUUGUUGGGUGAUAAUUUCAAAUCGGCCUUAUUCAGUCAAAGUAUCCAGGUGUUGUUCAAUCGCGAUCAUAGCGGGCAUUUCUUUAUGGCAUUCAACGCCAACGUGGAAGUGAAGGCUUCCAAAGAGGUGAAAGUAUCCGGUUGUAUUGGACCAUCGAAAUCGUUGAAAGUGAAGAGUAGUGUCGUAUCGGAUAACGACAUGCUGGGUACAGGCGGUACAUCCGAAUGGAAAUGCUGCAGUAUCACGCCGAAUACUACUUUGUGUUUUUUCUUCGACAUCACAACCGCGCACAAUGCGGCGACACCACAGGGCGGUCAGUUCUAUAUCCAGUUUUCGACAGCGUAUCAGCAUUCAUCCGGUCAGAAGCGUUUGCGUGUGACCACAUUAAGUCGAAGUUGGGUAGAUCCUAGUGGAUAUCAGAUUGCCGCUGGAUUCGACCAGGAAGCCGCGUCUGUUCUCAUGGCUCGUGUGGCGGUUCUGCGUGCGGAAUCAGACGAAAGUCCCGAUGUGCAGCGAUGGCUGGAUCGCGCUUUGAUCAGAAUUUGCAAUAAAUUUGGCCAGUACAACAAGGACGAUCCGAAUUCCUUCCAGCUGCCGGAUAUUUUUGCCAUGUACCCGACGUUUAUGUUCCAUCUGCGGCGCUCACAAUUUUUGCAGACGUUCAAUAACAGUCCCGACGAAACCGCCUUCUAUCGUCACUGUCUGAUGUCGGAGAAUGUGACGAACAGUUUAAUUAUGAUCCAGCCGGUUCUGUAUGCGUAUUCCUUCCACGGCGCACCGGCUCCCGUGGGACUGGACUCCAGCAGUCUGCAGCCGGAUCGUAUACUGCUGUUAGAUUCAUUCUUCCAUAUCGUAAUUUAUCAUGGCGAGAACAUUGAUCAGUGGAAGAAAGCCGGGUACGAUAAACAGCCGGAAUACGCCAGUUUUGCCUCACUACUGCAGGCGCCCAUUGAUGAUGCUCAAAUGAUUCUCUCCACGCGCUUCCCCAUGCCGCGCUACGUGGUAACAGAGCAGGGCGGUUCCCAGGCGCGUUUCCUCCUCUCCAAAGUCAAUCCCUCACAGAGCCACUCCAACCAGGUGUACGGCUAUGGACAGCAGGAAACGGCACCGCCCAUUCUGACGGACGAUGUGAAUUUGCAAAUCUUUAUGGAUCACCUGAAGAAGCUUGCCGUGUCCAAUCCAGCAUAACAUUGAUUUUUUGAAAGGGAUAAAUUAUUUCUGCCUGUGUCGUUAACGUUGAAUGUGUUGGGUAAUUCUUUGUCGGUUUGUGUUUUCUGCUUUUCAUAACGGUGCGGUUUUACUGUAUAGCUGGAAGCUCGUGGCAUUUUUUCGUUGACGGUUUUGAAGGUGCGAGCGCUGAUCACGGGAUGUUAGAAAAUGGUUUAUUUUGAUGGAUUUUAGCCUUCGUUAAUCUUAAUACGAUGAAAAACGGUGUUAAUUAAAAUAUUUAUUCUCCUGGACGAAAAA